GUGACGACUCUACGAUCCUCCAACCUCGACUUCACGCGACUCUGAAACCUGAUUCCUAGACCUGGUAUAGCUGUGCUGGAUCAGCUGAACAGACACUUUUCGUUCGUCUCCAUUGCCGCCUGAAGACAACCACCAAGAACAUCUUGCCGCUUGUUUACCGCAACUGUAACUCGGCGAAGUACCUCCACGAUCACUCUUAUCUUCUGUCGUCCCUUGUCUAGAUAUCCAGCUUCGGAGCUUCGCUGCUCAGCAUGUCCAACACCGACUUCCUCGGCCGUGCAAUCGACACGGUAAAGAAAGCCAUUGAGCUUGACACCGCCGGCUCCUACGAACAAGCGUACCAACAAUACUAUGCCGCCCUCGAACUGUUCAUGCUUGCCCUCAAAUGGGAAAAGAAUCCAAAGUCAAAGGAAAUGAUCCGUGCAAAGGCGGGUGAAUACAUGGAUCGAGCAGAGAAACUGAAAGCCCAUAUUCAGACCAACGAUUCCUCCAAUCGCAAAAAGCCCGCUGCGAUGGGUGUCAACGGGAAAGCUGUGAAUGGCGCAGGCAAAGGAGAAGCAGGAGACAAAGACGAGGAAGAUGCAGAUUCAAAGAAGCUCCGAGGACAAUUAAUGGGAGCGAUCCUGACGGACAAACCAAAUGUAAAAUGGGAGGACGUCGCCGGUCUGGAGGGCGCAAAAGAAGCAUUGAAGGAGGCUGUCAUCUUGCCUAUCAAAUUCCCUCAUCUGUUUCAAGGUAAACGACAACCCUGGAAAGGAAUAUUACUCUACGGACCUCCAGGUACGGGUAAAUCAUACCUCGCCAAAGCGGUGGCGACCGAGGCAAACAGCACUUUUUUCAGCGUGAGUUCGUCAGAUCUGGUGAGCAAGUGGAUGGGCGAGUCAGAACGACUGGUCAAGCAACUCUUCAACAUGGCAAGAGAAAACAAGCCGGCAAUUAUCUUUAUUGACGAGGUCGAUGCCUUGUGUGGACCCCGAGGUGAAGGCGAAUCCGAAGCGUCGAGGCGUAUCAAAACCGAGCUUCUCGUCCAAAUGGACGGAGUGGGAAAGGAUUCUCGUGGCGUCUUGAUCCUCGGUGCAACAAAUAUCCCCUGGCAGUUAGAUGCUGCCAUUCGCCGACGUUUCCAGCGAAGAGUGCAUAUCUCUUUACCCGACAAACCGGCACGAAUGCGGAUGUUUGAGCUCGCCGUCGGAGAUACGAAAUGCGAGAUGACGCAAGCGGAUUACAAGGCGCUGGCGGACUUGAGCGAAGGGUACUCGGGGAGUGAUAUUAGCAUUGCGGUGCAAGAUGCGUUGAUGCAGCCCGUGAGGAAGAUCCAAACAGCCACGCACUACAAGAAGGUGAUGGUGGAUGGCGUUGAGAAACUCACACCGUGCUCCCCUGGUGACCCUGGAGCAAAGGAGAUGACCUGGGUGGACGUUGACUCAGAAAAACUACUCGAGCCCCCGUUAACUGUGAAAGACUUUACUCGCGCGAUAAAAGCGAGUAGACCAACUGUGUCUGCGGACGAUUUGAAGAAGAAUGCUGAGUGGACCUCCGAAUUUGGAAGCGAAGGCGCAUAGCCAGGCACACGGAAAACAGGAGAUAGAACUUUGCAUGGAAGCGCAGAACGAAGACGACGAUAGCAAUGUCAUUUUUGUCAUUUUGGAACAUGGGAAAGAAGGGGUUUUGCAGGGAUGAGCAAGGGCGUUCCAGGCUUGUUAGCAGUGAGGCAGUGCUGGCUAUAUUUCUCGAGGCAGUGAAGGCACUGAAUCCAGCUUGAGUCGGAUGUUUGAAGGACCGGUGGCCCUCAAAACAGGAACCAGUGGACAAACGCAAGAUCUCAUCUUUGGCGCAACGGCCCUGGAACCUGCUCGACUGUGCCAGCCUGAUGCAAGGCUUCCACCUCCUAUGCUGGAUAUCGGAGGCGCUUGGAACCGUGUCAAAAAGAGGGGCCGAAUUCUGGGACAAGAUUCAGCAGGGACCUCUGUCGUUGAAUCUGGCAGAUGUUCUAUGCAGUGUACAUGAAUGAAUGCCCCAGGGCUCCUCUUUGCUGGCUUUUUGCCUCCGCCGUUCCUGUGGAUUCUUGACUGAUAUCCCAUCGCCUCUGGCACGAGGCACGCUGUUUGGCUAAGUUGACCAUCUUUCCCAGCCUUGCGCAGGAGGUUCCUAUGUACACAUGCUAGGAUAAAUCGUGUCGCAGCCUUUCCUUC